GAGCCCACAGUAGUCACCCCCACCCCAGCUAACACAAGCGGCCUUUGCUAGAGGCCCACACAGCCUCUCGCGUAUCGCUCUCGCUCUCGCUCCUCACCUCGUGAGCUCCGCCUCCGCCUCCGCCUCCCCCCGCCUCGCUACUCGCCAGCAAGCCAUCCACCCAAGCUACAAAGUGCGCGGCCGCACUCGCAUGCUCCUCCGCCCUCCUCGCUUCCCACGCCUCUCUCCUCGCCGCCUCCGCUCGGAAUCUCCGAUGGCUUCCACGCUCGCCUUGCUCAGGCCGUCGGCGCCGAGCCCGGCGACGACCCUGAGGGCGCCGUUCAGAUCUCGGGUCUCCACUAGAGUGUCUGUCGGAUCGGCAGUGGCAGCAGGCGCCGACACGCUCUUCGCCGACUACAAACCCACCACCGCGUUCCUUUUCCCCGGCCAGGGUGCUCAGGCUGUUGGAAUGGGUAAAGAAGCUCUUAAUGUUCGAGCAGCUGCAGAACUAUUUGAUAAGGCAAAUGAUAUACUUGGCUACGACUUGCUGAAUCUUUGCAUCGAUGGACCAAAAGAAAAGCUGAACUCAACAGUGAUCAGUCAGCCAGCUAUAUAUGUUACCAGCCUUGCAGCUGUAGAAGUGUUACGUGCACGGGAAGACGGUCAAUCUGUAAUUAACUCUGUAGAUGUCACAUGUGGUCUCAGCUUGGGAGAAUAUACCGCGCUUGCAUUUGCUGGUGCCUUUAGCUUUGAGGAUGGUCUGAAGCUUGUCAAGCUUAGAGGAGAAGCCAUGCAGGAUGCCUCAGAUGCUGCCAAUAGUGCGAUGGCUAGUGUGAUUGGUCUAGAUUCAGAAAAGGUGCAACAAUUAUGCGAUGCUGCAAAUGAGGACGUGGAUGAAAAGGAAAGAGUUCAAAUAGCAAACUUUCUCUGUCCUGGUAACUAUGCAGUUUCUGGUGGUGUGAAGGGUAUUGAAGCAGUUGAAGCCAAAGCAAAGUCUUUCAAGGCCAGAAUGACGGUUCGCCUAGCUGUUGCUGGUGCUUUCCACACAAGCUUCAUGCAACCUGCUGUCUCAAGAUUGGAAUCUGCGUUGGCUGCUACCGAGAUUAGAUCACCGAGAAUCCCAGUAAUCUCCAAUGUUGAUGCACAGCCCCACUCAGAUCCUGACACAAUCAAGAAGAUCUUGGCACAACAGGUAACCUCUCCUGUGCAAUGGGAGACUACUGUGACGACUCUUUUGGGUAAAGGCCUUGAGAAGAGCUAUGAACUCGGACCUGGAAAGGUUAUAGCAGGAAUCAUUAAACGGAUCAACAAAGGUGCCAGCAUCGAGAACAUUGGUGCAUGAGACAUCGGAUCGCCGAUAUUAUAGGGGCAAAUAAUAAAGCUAACGGGAGCUGCUUAGAUUUAAGCAACUGUCCUGAAUGUACUACAGGGCACGAGGUCUGGCAAUUUCCUGUCAUUUGUGAGGAACAUAGAUAGUGUUGUACAAUUAUGUUUCAUUGGCUAGAGCUAGGUUUCUCGGCGGUUCAGAUUGCCCUCCAUAUUGUGAGGAUCAGAAUGAAUUUCGCUUAUGGUUAUGACUUACAAGUAAUUUUAUCCCCAUGGCCA